GCCAUCCCAGGAAUCAAUCUGGUGAACCUUCUUUGUACUCCCUCUAUGGCAAAGAUGUCUUUCCUCAGAUUAGGGGACCAAAACUGCACACAAUUUCAAUCAACUAUUUCCAUUAUUUACAACAUCUAAGGAACUUCCUUUUGAAAACAAUCUUUAGAUUGACUGGGCCACGCAGUCCUCUGAGUGAAGAAAUUUCUUCUCUUUUCAGUCUUAAAUAGUCUUAGUUCAGUCUUAAAUCUUUUAUUUUGAGUAGUUCUUGACUCCUUGGCCACAGGAAACAUCCACUGUAUGUACCCUAUCAAAACCUCUAAGAAUUUCAAUGGCAAUCACUUCUAACUUCUUGAGAAUAGAGGCCUCUUCAUUGAGAGACCAGCCAUCCCAUGAACCAAUCUCGGUGAGUCAACCUAUGUCCUUUAUAAUAACCAUUUACUUUCCCGAUUACCUGCUGCACUUGUAUGUCAGCAUUCAAUAAUUGCUGCACAAGACACCAAUGUCUUCUGAACUAACAUUUUCUAAACUUUCCCUUAAGAGAAUACUCAUCAUUUGUUUGGUACUGAAAUCAAUAACCUCACACAAUUUCUUAUUAUGAUGUUAUAAGGUUCGUGGUUUAAAUUGACAUUUCUUUUACAAGGUCGAUGGGCUACAUAGUCCCCUGAUACGCUGAUGCACAGCAAGGGUCCCAAAUAUCGCUCUGGGUUUCAUAAAAGUGCACUCAACUCUGCCACUCACUGGCUUGGCAUCAUCAGAUCCACCGAAAGCCAGGGACCUGUAUCUCCAGCCCUCUCUCCACAGAUGCUGACUGACCAGAUGCUGCUUUUAUUUGCUAACCUAGUACGAUGAAGCAGACGGCCACAAGUUUUCGCACCAUCACAGCGAGCAGCGUGACAGCACUGCUUUCAAUGAGAUGUAAACAUAUCUCGGCUUCCCCGCACAGCUCAGGGUGCACCGGCUGCUCGGGGACACCAAAGUUGCGCCGCUUAAGAUUCUGACAUUAAAAGUCAAUAUAACCCGUUGAAGAUCUAAAGAUCUCAAGAGCAAUACUUCCUGAAGAAAUAAACAAUGGCAACUGAAGCCAUAGAGCAACAUCAGAAAGAAGCCAUGAAUGUUGAGACUAUUAGCAGAAGAAUGAUUGAUUAUGAUCUGAUCACACAAAGAGGGGGACCCAAAGCAGAUGCUCUGCAAAUCUUAGAACCAUUCAGAAGAAAGCUUGCAUCAAUUGAAGCAGAAAGAAUUAUUUCAGUAAUUGAAAAGACGAUUGAGAACUUGGAAAGAGUUACCUUGCUUCCCCACAUUGCCUACAACCUCAGCAGAUUCAGUGUCGCUAUCGGUUUAGAAUUAACAUGUGCUCUCAGGGAAUACGUUAGAAUAGAGCAACACCUGCAUUUUGCUAUUAGUAAAUUGAAUGAGGAAGAGUUUCCUGAAGAGGAAAAUCAAGAUGGAAAGCACAAAGUAAAAACCAAAGAAGAGAGAGUAAAUGAUGUCAAACUCCUGAAGCAGGCCCUUGGUAGCUCAGUUAAAAGCAUCCUCCGGCUCUUUCAGGGAAAUCCUUCAGCAUGUCAAGUAAUUCAAGUGGAAUGUAAAGCUCGGAAACCACCUUGUGUAAGUCUCAUUCUGGCACUUAUGAAGCUGAAAGACUUGGUGUUUGGAAAACUUUUGGUAUCACCCACGGAAGAUAAACAAAAAUCUGAGUUUGUGGAAAACAUUAUUUUGCAAGAUAAGCAAAACGUAGAAAUUAUUGCCACUUUGGAGGCAGAACUGGCAGCAGCCAUCCAAGAUAAAGAAAAUGAGAUGUUGAAGAAGAACGAGAUAAUUCGAAAACUUAAAAACAACCUGCUUCAACUUGACUUAUUCUCAGAAGAUUACAUUCGUCAAAUUAAGCAAGAUGCGGAAAAACAGCAGCAAGCUGAUCAGAAAGAUUCAGAAGGGCGAGUGGUCAAGUUACAGGAAGAAAUAUCUCAGCUUCGAACCCAGCUGAACAACUUGAUUACAGAGCACAGAACGUUUGAGCAAGCAUUAAGAAGGCGCAAGUUCAAAACUGAAACAGAGAUUGAAAACUGGAUCCAGAAAUAUGAUGCUGACAUGCAAGAAAAGCAGGAUGAAUAUGAACAGCUUGUUAAAAUCAACAAAGAUGAAGGUGUUCUGCUCUCUGAGUUAGAACAAAAGAUUGAAUUACUUGAGUCGGAAUAUAUUCAGAUUGUAGAAGGGAGAAAGAGAAAAGCAGAGGAAAAGGCGGCAAAAGAUGAGCAAAUAUACCUCAUGGGAAGAGCAGCUGUUAUGAUCCAGGCAUUCUGGAAAGGUUACAAAGUCCGCCAAUUGAUGAAAUCAUUAAAGAAGAAAAAGAAAAAGGGGAAAGGAAAAAAGAAGAAGAGCUGAUGGAGAGAGAGAGUGUAAAUAAAUAUAACAUCCAUCUUCCAAAAAUGUUUUGCAAAUCAUUGAUGUUUUCUUCACUAAUGCGGUUUACACAAACAUCUUCUAUUUUACAAAAAUAAAAAUAAACUCUUAACCUUGUGGUCUCAGUGUACGAGUGUGUAUAUGUAACACACAAUGGGCUGAAAUAUACUCAGAAAAAAUGUAGAACGCUGAUAGCACUCAGUAGCCCAAGCAAUUUUGAAAGUGUAAGUUGACAUAAAAGACCCUAUGUCAGAACUACAUCUUCUGUCUCCACAGACGUUGCUUGACAUGCUGUUCUUCUAGGAUUUUUUUUUCCAGAUUCCAGCAUCUAGAGUCUUUUUGUUUCCUCAAAUGAUACUCAGCCAUAAACAUUGAUGUUUUCAUUGGAGAGCAACUUGCCUCUACCUCAGACUUCUUUACCUAGAGAUCAAGGAUCUGGGGAUCCAGAGCCUUUGCUGAGCUCCUAGACCACCAUUAGAUUUAUGACCGUGUUCGGGAGCAGAGCACAAAUAUGCAAAGUUGUGGGACUGAAUGUACUUUGCAACAGGCCAAAUACAGCAUCAUGAAGUAAGUCAUAGUGUAGUCCUUAAUCAAAUGGUAGCUUUUCCUUCCAAUUAGCUACUUUAUUUUUAAUUAACCACCACCAUGUUAGAGAAAAGCAAUUACAUAUUACCGUUCCACCCAAUAGUAUUUUGGCAAGUAAAGGGUACCACAGUCACAUAGUGGUUUGCAGGGCACCAUUACAGCUUGGGAUGUUCUGGAGUUCAGAGUUCAAUUCCAAUGCCCCUCCAUUAGAAGUCUAUGUACAUCCUCUCCACGGAAUGCAUGGGUUUUCCCUGGGUGCUCCGGUUUCCUCCCACAGUCCAAAUACAUAUCAGAUAGGUUCAUUGGUUAUUCUAAAUUGUCUGUGAUUAGGUUAGGAUUAAUCAUGGUUGUGGAGUUGCUGGGGCCUGAAGGGCUGGAAGGUCCUACUCCAUGCUGUAUCAUUAGAUAAAUGUUUUCUUAGACAGUCAUCACAGGUUUUUAAUAGCUACAUUAUUUUAAUUUGGCAAAUACUUACAUUGAAAAAUCAACAUAAGUUCUGAGAAAUGAAGCAGGGAAAUAAACCAUUUAAAAUUAUAAAUUAUAUGCCAGUCGUGUACAAGAGCUGGGCCUAUGCAAAGCUUCAGCAAGAAAUCCAAGUUCCCAGACUUAAUUUUUUUUUUUUUGUAAAUGAGCCCACCACCAAUCUAUUGGGCAGUGAACCCCAUGUCAGUGAGGUACCCGUCUUCGUACCAAGCCAUGAUCUGGUUUCUACAACAGUCCAUGGGCACACCUAGAUUUCUCAGCCAGAAAAUCAUUCUGUAAAUAUAGAU